CCAUUGUGAAUGUAACAUAAUCAGUAAGAAUGUAAUUAUUGUAAACUCUGAACUUCGCAUGCUCUUAAUUCAAUUAAAUUGUAAUUUGGUUUUAAUCCGCGUGUGUACUCUUCUAACAAUAAAAUAUAAAAAUAAUUAGUUGUAAUAGUAAUGGGCAAAGCAAAAAAAAAGGCACAUCCGAGAAAACGCACUGCCGCCUUCAAAGAGAAGGAGUCAAGCGAGCUUGUAGAAGCACCACAUUCAUUCAUAAUCCAUCGGGGUCUCUCCUGCCCCUACAUAACCGAUUUGACAUUGGAUUUUCGUAAAAUAAUGGAACCUUUCACUGCAUCCCAACUGAAGGAAAAGAAAAUUAAUCGCAUUAAAGAUUUUGUGGCAAUGAGUGGUUUCUUUCAUAUCUCCCAUAUGGGAAUAUUUAAUAAGGCAACAUCACAAUUGUCAUUUAAAAUCGUACGCAUGCCUCGUGGUCCAACGUUGACUUUUAAGGUACACCAGUUCACAUUGGCGCGCGAUGUACUAUCCACCAACAAACGACAAUUUGUGGACGAUGACAUGUUCAAGACCUCGCCAUUAGUUAUCAUGAACAAUUUCACUGGUGAUGGUAAACACUUGAAAUUAAUGGCCAGUACGUUCCAGAAUAUGUUCCCAGCCAUUAAUUUGGCCCAAGUAAAUAUAGCUACAAUUCGACGUUGUGUGUUAUUUUCUUAUAUACCAGAUACAAAUUUAAUAGAAAUGCGGCAUUAUUCUGUGCAAGUGGUUCCGGUGGGAUUAACACGCGGCAUUAAAAAACUUGUUAUGGGCAAAGUUCCUAAUUUGUGCAAGUGCGAAGAUAUUGCUGACUUCAUAAUGCAAGACGGGGCAGCUUCAGAAUCAGAAAUGGAAGAUGAUGAGCAUUCACAGAUUGUGCUUCCACAAACUCUUAAGCGGAAAAGUAAUUUAGAAGAUAAUAAGUCCGCAAUACGGCUGUAUGAAAUUGGUCCACGUCUAACCCUACAGCUAAUAAAAAUUGAGGAAGGUCUGCUAACCGGCGAAGUACUAUAUCACGAUCACAUACUCAAAACGGAAGAAGAGAAAGAAUCUUUACGUAAAAACAUUGAGAAGAAACGUAAACUCAAAGAGUAUCGCAAGAAAGUGCAAGAAGAUAAUCGGACACGUAAUUUACGUGAACAAGAAGCAUUGCUAGGGAAGCGCAGGAAAAAUAAAAACAAUACUGCAGCUAUUGGAGAUGAUGCGAAGGAGGAUAGCGAACCUGAAAAUGAUGUUGAAUACUACAAAGAGGAAGUGGGUGAAGAGCCUGACGAAGAACUUUUUAAAGCAGAUAAUAAGUCUAGGAAGCGAGCAAGCCUACCCCGGAGUAUAAAAUUUAAAAACAAAAAGUUGAAAAGGACUCAAGAAAAAAUAAAAUAAUAUGUGUACAUACAUGGACAAUAAAAGAGGUGUGCGACACUUUUAUAUUUCUA